GGUGUACAGAAGAUCUCAUCAACGCAACGGAAAACUAACGAAGUGCUUAUUAUUGUCGGCUGAAAACGAGGCGCACACAAUAAGAUGCGUUUCAUUUUGAGUGUUUACGGUACAGUAUCAAUUUCGUCAUCACUGUUAGUUCAGCAACCCGGAAGUAAUCGUGGGUCUUGUGAAUGGCCAAAUGUCUGUAUUAAUAGUUUUGUCUCUUCGUUUCCGUAAAUAGCGUUUUCAGCCAAACAAAGAAGCAACUUUGUCUCCGAAGAUAUCGGGCGAAGCGAGUAUACAUUGACCAGGAAAAAUGUCAAAUUGCCUAGCUUUUCAUACACAGAUAGCCUCCAUUAUGGAGGUUUUGGCGAAUGCGGCCGUGGCAGAGAUCUGCCAAGUUGUGGACGAUGGAUACGCGGUUCUGCGCCUGGAAAUGUCCCAAUAUCAGAAGGAGAACAAGGCUCUGAAGCGCAAGCUGCAGGUGAUGGAGCGGCAGACCGCGCGCCGAUGCGCAGAGAGGGGAGGGUCGCGAGCGAGCUUUGUAGACGGGGCGCAAGUUUGCCGUAAAUUAAGAGAAACACCGAGGGCGCUUCCAGCGAAGGGGCAGUUCCCAGCUGUAGAGAGAGCCUUGGAUAACCGGAUAGAUGUCAGUCUAAAAAGAGACGAGCAGCCCAUUGUUCUGGAUGAAGAGGAUGCUCCGGCGGUGCCCACGGGCAGGAGCGACGGGGUCACCUCGCAUCAAAAUGCUUCGAGCACAGCGUGUGCAGUCAUGGAGGAGGGAAGGACUGAAGCACUUCUGAUAAAGGAGGAGAGACUCAAAGAGAACCUGGGGAACCACGACUGUCCAAGGGAGCUGAGGAACAGGAACGAGAGGGCGGUGGAAUCGGAGGCUCGGAGCAAGGGAAGCCCCCCCUCUGCAGAAUCACGGACCGCCUCGGCAAAACAAGAGCAGCUCCCUGAACAGCUGGCCGAAGACAAGCGCAGCGUUUGGGAGGUGAGCGCGCUCGGGUCCGGCCCGGAGGCAGACGCGGAGCGAGAAAGAGCAAAGAGCCUUCAGCACCCGGGGCCUGGAUCCAGAGUGCGAAGGCCGAGCAGCCUGGACUCUGAGUUUGUCAUGUUUGAAAGACCAGGCCAGCUGGGCUCUUACUGUGCACAAGGGGGCGCUGUCGCGGAGACGGAGGAUCCGUGUUGCUCUUACUCUACAGGAACGGGACAGGGCCUGUCCUAUCACGCAGAGAUGAGGCCGUUUUUGGGUACAGAGGAGGGUGGAGGGAACGGCCUGUCCCCUUUGGGGUCUCUGGACUGGAAGCCGGACAUCAUGGUGGUCGACCCGACGCCGGUCAAGCUGGAGCCCGAGGUGCCGUCUGCGUGGAACGCGGGGCCCGUUUUGGGACUGGGCGACGCGCCGCCACGGCCUUUCGAAGAAAUUGGGGAGAGGGGAGAGAUGCUGCCGGACAGCGCGCCCAACCUCUGCCUUCCGCCCGUCCUAACGACGGCGGGGGAGAAGGCCGCGGCGUCCAAGUACAUCGCUACGGAAACCGAGACGCAUCACAGAGCCGGCGCCGGGGAGAAACGCCUGUUCUACUCGUACUUCGAGAGAGGAUUCGCGCGCGCGCGAGACAGCGAGGCGCUCCAGGGCGUCGACCCGGAGGAGAGACAGUUCAGCUGCACGCAGUGCGGAAAGCAUUUCGCUCAUUCGGCUAACCUGAAGAGACACCAGCGCGUGCACACGGGAGAGAAACCGUACAGCUGCACGCAGUGCGAGAAGCGCUUCUCCCACCAGCACCAACUUAAAAUGCACCAGAGGGUCCACACGGGAGAGAGGCCCUUCAACUGCACCCACUGCGGAAAGAGAUUCACUCAGUCCAGUCACAUUAAAAGACAUCUGCUCGUGCACACCGGAGAGAUGAUGUAGACGCGCUUGUAUUUGCAGAAAGUGAUUUUCUGAGUUCUGUAAUCUUGCGGGACGCCAGAGUUUUCCCACGACAGAGUACAAGGAAUGAGUGUUUUUAUUCUUCAGGUGAUCUUCAUAGAAAUGACUGUUCGUUCCGGAGAAAGCCAAAGCCAUUCACUUGCACUAUGACGGAACUGUGUUUUAUUUGGGCGGCGCAUAUGCCCAGUUUUGUGUAGUCUCUUGAGGAGUGGGCUUACACGCAUUCAUAAUGCAGUUUUAUCAGCGUUAUCCCUGAGCACACAUGAUAACUCAGACUGUGUUUCGCAGAAACCCUGUUGAGAGCUCGUGAGGCAUUUGUAUUGUGGGAAAUUUUAUAUUUUAUAUUUACAGGCUGGAGUAUGAAGCAGAAAAGGAUUUUGGUGUGGUUAUACGUUUCUGUCUGAGGUGCCUGAUUAAAAAAAGUAAGUGAAAAUAAUACUGAACAUUGUAAUAACUCAUGUACUGUAUUUACAUGUUGCUAACAGUAUAUUUAUUACUCAGAAGAUAUGUGUAAAGAUUUUUCCAUUUAUAUUUUAUUUCAUGCAUAUAUUAAAUGAAUGGGAAUCGUACCGGUAAGUAAAUGUCAUUUUAAAUCCAGAGUGCAAGAUCCAUAAUCUAAUUGAGUGCGGAAUUUAUAUCAUAAACAAGACUAACUGCUUUUUUUCUUUGAAGAAUUAUUUUUUUCAGUCAUGAAUAUAUUCACUGAGCUCUUGUGUGAUUUCUUUUCACAAGAAAUCUUAAAUGGUGUGUAUUAAAAAUUGAAAAUCGUUUGUAUUAUGAAAAAUGAUAAAUCCAUAGCAAUGU